AUGGCUGUUGAUGAUGACGCAAAGCAUGUCGCUGUUUUGGAUGUGGCCGAGGAAGCUGGAAUAGCUUUCGAAAAUGAAUUAAACUCCAAAUACGGCAACAACAAAGUAAAGUUUAUAAAAUGCGAUGUAUCAAAAAAAGAACAGCUGUUACAAGCAUUUGAUAAAAUUAAAAUGGAAUUUGAAUUUAUAGACAUCGUCAUAAACAAUGCUGGAAUAUUGAACGAUAGUUUGAAGACUUAUGAAAAACAAAUUGACAUCAAUAUAACUGCACUGGUCACCAGCUCCUUGAAGGCUGUAGAGCUAAUGCGGAAAGACGAAGGGGGAAAAGGUGGCGCCGUUAUAAACAUCUCAUCAGUUGCUGCACUAUGUGCAGUGCCUGUAACUCCAAUCUACAGUGCAACUAAAAGUGCAGUACUCAAGUUUACCACGGCCAUGGGUGAUAAAUUAUACUAUUCAAGAACUGGUGUUCGCUUCCUGACCAUAUGUUUCGGAGCAACAAAAACACCUUUAUUGUCUAAAGAGAAAAUGGGCAGUUUUGAUGCUGUUGUAGAAGCAGAACUAUCAGAUAGUUUGAGCGUGCUGAUAUGGCAAAGCCCUGAAUCUGCAGCUCGAGGUCUUUUGGACGCAUACAAAAAUGGUUCCAGCGGCAGUGUAUGGUUAAUAGCUGGCGACAAACCAAGCGUCGAUGUGACGGACCUCCACAACAAAGGUUAUGAUUUGUACAACCAUCUUGUAUACAAU